CUAAGCAACGCGCCAUCUAUAUUUCAAGUUUUAGUAUACUCUCAAAUCAGCUGAUCUUAAAAUGUAAAUAAACAAAUCCCUUAAUAUGCUUAACACGGUUUUAGGGCUUGUAGUUGUUGGCUUGCUGUGGGGGGCCACAAAUCCCUUCAUACGUCUUGGCAGCGAAGGCAUUGACAAUGUGGAUACUGGUUCACGGUGGCGUAAUCUGUGGCUGGAGGUCCGCAUGAUAAGCACACGCUUUCAUUAUUGGAUACCAUUCCUCUUAAACCAGUUGGGAAGCGUUUUGUACGUGUGGACCCUACAACAUAUAAAUAUAAUCGUAGCUGUACCUGUUGCCAAUUCGCUGAGCUUUGUAUUCACUGCUAUAACAGGGUACUGCUUGGGAGAAAAGUUGCCCGGAAAGUCUGUCACAAUCGGUACGCUAUUAGUCUGCUUGGGCAGCUCGCUAAUGUUAUAUGACAAAAUGAGUCCCGACCAAGAUGUGUAAUAGGAGAAUGUAUUGAAUAAAACGAUUUCUUUGUAAUGUUUAACAACCUAA